GCGGUUGAUUUCCUUUCUGCACUUAGAAAGCAGCAGUUACUAGCUUUGUAAAAGGAUGUAUUGCAUCUUCUUUUUAAUAUCUAGCAAGUCCUUGUUCUGCAACACUUUUGCUUAAAUUACCUAGGUAGUCUAAAGCAAUGGAACUCAUAACAGGCAGACCUUCCCUCCCCCAGGUGUGCAUCUGAAUACUUUGUGCUGUUCCUCCACAUGUCAAGGGCUGUCUCUGAAACUUGCAUCUAAAUAUAUGUAGGUGUAGGCAUCAAGGGGAAUACUGACAGUAAAAGGAGCUUCUCAAGCAGAGAACAUCAGCAUUUUUAUUUGAUGGGUUGUUGGGGGGGACAGCUGAAACACCUCAUAGCAAAGGGAAUGCUGGUGCUAAUUGAACUACAACCAUGGCAACUGCCAGUAAUGAGGCACACCAUCCUGUAGAUCCUGGAAUUUUGAAGCUGCAGUUUGCCCCCUUCAGUAGUGCCUUGGAUGCAGGAUUCUGGCAUGAACUAACCCAGAGGAAACUCAAUGAGUACCGACUGGAUGAGACUCCAAAAGUUAUCAAAGGAUAUUACUACAAUGGUGAUCCUUUGGGCUUGCCAGCUCGCCUGACAUUGGAAUUCAGUGCCUUUGAUAUGAAUGCUUCAAUACCAGCACGUUGCUGUCCUGCUUUCGGAACGUUGUAUAAUACCAACACUUUUGAGACUUUCAAGUCUUGCGAUAAGAAAUCACUUCUGGAGAAAGAAGCAAAUGAGAUAUGGGAAUCGAUAAAAUCUGGAGCUGCGCUUGAAAACCCUAUGCUCUUGAACAGGUUCCUGCUGUUGACGUUUGCAGAUUUAAAAAAGUAUCACUUCUAUUACUGGUUUUGCUACCCUGCUCUCUGCUUCCCUGAUGGAAUACAUAUAAUUCAGAAACCAGUGUGUCUUGGUGACAGGUUCUCUUUAAAUCAGAUUCAAGCACUUCAGAAAGCAUAUGAUGACCUUUGCCAGACAGAAGGGGUUACAGCCUUGCCUUAUUUUUUAAUCAAGUAUCAUGACAAUUCUGUGGUGAUAUCUCUGCUCAAAAAAUGGGAUAGUUUCUUUCAAGACCAAGGAGGAAAGGUGACAGUUGGAGUUUAUGAUCCAUGUAAUUUAUCCCACUAUCCAGGAUGGCCACUGAGAAAUUUCCUGAUCCUGGCAGCUCAUAAAUGGGGCAGUGUCCUUCAGACAGUCGAAGUGCUCUGCUUCAGAGACAGAACUAUGCAAGGGGUGAGAGACAUAACACACAGCAUCAUCUUUGAAAUAAAGCUUCCACAGAGAACCUUUGGCCAAGAUUGCCCAAAAGCUGUUGGAUGGGAGAAAAACCAAAAGGGAGGCAUGGGUCCAAGGAUGGUCAAUCUUAGUGAGUGUAUGGAUCCAAAAAGGUUAGCAGAAUCAUCAGUGGAUCUUAAUUUGAAAUUGAUGUGCUGGCGGCUGGUCCCUACACUUGAUUUGGAAAAAAUUGUGUCUGCCAAGUGUCUGUUGCUAGGAGCUGGUACUCUAGGUUGUAGUGUUGCAAGGACUUUGAUGGGUUGGGGAGUGAGGAAGAUUACAUUUGUUGACAAUGCGAGGAUCUCCUACUCCAACCCCGUGCGGCAACCACUGUAUGAAUUUGAGGACUGUCUUAGUGGUGGGAAGCCUAAGGCACUUGCAGCAGCAGACAGGCUACAGAAGAUCUUCCCAGGAGUGAAUUCAGAAGGCUAUAACAUGAGCAUCCCCAUGCCUGGCCACCCAGUGAAUUUUUCUGAAGUAACGAUGGCACAAGCUCGGAAGGAUGUGGCUACACUUGAAGAGCUUAUUGAUGCUCAUGAUGUUGUUUUCCUACUUAUGGACACUAGAGAGAGUCGGUGGCUCCCAGCUGUUAUUGCAGCCAGCAAGAGGAAGUUGGUCAUCAAUGCAGCAUUGGGAUUUGACACGUUUGUUGUUAUGAGACAUGGACUAAAGAAACCAAAACAGCAAGAAUCUGGUGAUUCGUGUUUCAGCAAUGCCUCCGGUUCUUCUGACCUGUUGGGAUCAUCACUCUUUUCAAACAUCCCUGGCUACAAAUUGGGUUGCUAUUUCUGCAAUGACGUUGUGGCACCAGGGGAUUCCACCAGGGAUCGGACAUUGGAUCAGCAGUGCACAGUCAGUCGACCUGGAUUAGCAAUGAUAGCUGGAGCUCUUGCAGUGGAAUUAAUGGUUUCUGUUUUACAGCAUCCAGAAGGUGGUUAUGCUGUGGCCAGCAGUAGUGAUGAUAGAAUGAAUGAACCACCUACUUCUCUUGGACUUGUUCCUCAUCAGAUCCGUGGGUUUUUAUCAAGAUUUGAUAACGUUCUGCCGGUCAGCCUGGCAUUUGAUAAGUGCACAGCCUGUUCCCCCAAAGUCCUUGACCAGUACGAACGAGAAGGGUUUAAUUUCCUAGCUAAAGUUUUUAAUUCCUCACAUACCUUCUUAGAAGACUUGACGGGUCUAACUUUAUUACAUCAGGAGACACAGGCUGCCGAGGUGAAAUGCUUAAUACAUGCCAGAGUGUUUGCAAGUGAUGUAUCAACUCCUGGUAAUGGUAUCCUAUUUGUGAGUUGUUGGGGGAUUUUUGAUCUGGGACAUGAGUGAUGAUGAAACAGUCUGAAAAUCAGCUGAAUAAGGUGGAAGAUGACCUACUUUGGACUGCAGUGCUGCCUUUUAUCUGUUAUUUGACAAGUUAAUGAUUGCUUACCUAUUCUGACUGCUACAAAAAUGAGCGACUAUAAACCACAUAGUGACAUGAAUAUCUUCACCGUAAAAACAGUCUGUUAUGGAUAUAACUCUCCCUAUUUUCAUUUUUAUUAUGUAAAUAACCAAAGCAAUGUGGUUAUGUUUAAAUCUCUUCUUCUUUUUUUUUUGGUUUAUGUAUAAAAUAUGCUGCUCAAGUAAAGUUUGGUGUUUUAUUUGUUCCAGUUUUUCUUUUCUUUGUUAACAGACAUGUCUAAGCAGCAUGUCUAAAUGUCCUUUUUUCAUCUUUACAUUUAUACCCCUUUAGCUAGAACUAGUUAGAACUUAUUAUCGAGAUUGAGAAUAUUCUGCUGCUGGGAAUUAAACUGCACCUUUAAAUAAAGGAGAACAGUAGUAGGUAAGAACCUGUACGUACAGCCUAUGCCACAUUGCUUGCUAUUUGAAACUACGUAUUCAUUAUUUCCCUUUUCUUUGUUUUAGUAUGAUUGCUCUUGCUUGUGUCAAUGGAGAUGUUAUCCUCUGUAAAGAUCUCAUAAUUUCAUGCUAUGGAAAAAAACGUGGUUUGACUUGUAUUUACAAAGGAAAGACCAAAAUGUGUCUGUCCAAAUGUGUCUGACCAAAAUGUGUCAAGAUUAGUCUCCUCUGAAGCUUAGAGAAUGCUCUAUUAUGUAGUAAAACUUGCUUUAAAGGUGAUUCACUGAUUCAGUAAAAACUUGCAGAGAAAUUCUUAACUGAAAUAAGACAUUGGUUCUCUAACUGUGCCAUUCUUGAGUGCUGUCAUAUGCUAUUUUACAGGUGUUAACAGACACAAUUCUGAUUUUCAUUUUGGCUGGAUUAUAAGUAUUUCAAUUUCUGUGGCAUCAGGAACAGCUUCACAAGUAUGGCUGAUCACAAACAGGAGUAUGAGAUCUUUGAUGGAUUCUCAAGAAUUUGUUAAAAAAAAAAAGUAAAAUAUCAAAGCACCUUACUACAAAAUUGAAUCUAUUGUUUUUUAUCUUGCAAUGCAUUUUAGAAGUAUAUUUGAAAUCCGUUUUAUGGCUUUAUGUUGUGGAGACUGUGGACUAUCUUGCUCCAAAAAAAAUGCAUAUUGCUUUAUCUGGCAAUCUUUAUUUCCUGUAUAUAUUAUGAAAACUAGUUGGUAAAUCCAAUUAUUUCAGUUUAUUUUAGUUCCUUCCUUAACAUAAGCUCUGAAUAUCUGGUGCAGAUAAUUCACAGCUUCUCUCUUACUCCACAUCAGAGGAAGUUCUGUCAGGUCAAAUUCACCUAAAAGCAAGGAUAUCUGCGACUCCCAUAUUCCAUUCAUAAAAGAAGAUUUAUUGAAACAUGCUGAGGUUUGCAUCCAGUGUCUACAAUACUUAUUUAUUGUUUGCAUUUCUUGUAACUAUUAUAUUAAUAACAUUUAUGUGAUUACUUAAGUAGAUUUAAGGGAAUAUCCUGUUCAGCUGACUUCAUUGUAAUAUGUAUAUGAAUCAAUUUUUUUUUUAAAUAAUAAUAACCAUAGGAUGCUGAUCUUUUGGUGGUUAGUUAAUGAUUAAUAACAUUGAUAAUGUGCCACCUCUGUUUUAAAGCAGUUUGUUAAUAUGCAGAAUUACUUAUGAAGUCAAAUGAGUUGCUGAUCUGCAUUUCUGUAGUUCAACUGGAAUUAUUAGCAUGUAUCAGGGUAGUUUAAAGGGAAUCAUCUCAUUUUUAUCUCUUGGAGUUGCUGAGUGUAGUAUAAGAGUCUUCUGCAGUUUUUGAUUACCUGAAACUUCAAAACGAGACAUCUUUCAGAAAUCUGAUAAGCAUUAAUCAUUAUUUUAAAUAUGUAAAACUUUGAUUAUCCUGUUAAGGUUACAUUGCAUCUUUACACUGAAAUAUCUAUUUAAUUGCAGAAGUAUGCAAGAUCUAAAAGUUCAGAACUCAGGGUUAAUAUGAUGUUUCCUUACCUCUCUAAUUUCAGUAACAUACAAUUCUCUGAGGCUGAGCUGCUUCCUGUACAUAUGCUUCCCAGAUGUCUCUGAUGUUCAGAAACACUUCAGUGUGACUUAGAAUAACUUCCGUUGUCUAACUUUAAUGUUGUUUUCUUUCUCCUUGUGGACCAAAAUUGUUCUUAUUUUGCUUUUAUUCAAUGUCUAGGCAUUUGCUGAGUGAGAAAUCAUGAGAAUACAUUCAAAUUAAAUACCAUUAACAUUUCCAUUACGAUUCAAAUUCAGAUACCAUAAACAGAUAAACAUGUUUAUUUACUGGCUUGUGUGGCAGGAUUUUGGCACAGCCCCUUCGGCUGCAGAUAUUGCUGUUUAGUAGGAGAAGCUAAACUUUGACCUUUCUUCAUGGAGGAGGUAGGAGUUGUUUUUGUUCUGCCAUGACUUCCUAGGCAGUGGUGAAGAGCCCAAAUUCAUCUUUUUGCUGUACAACCCAGCAGCCACCAUGGCUCCCCAGGAGUAAAACAGAUCUGUUGGGAAGAGGGAAUGAACAGCCUCAGAGGAACCUACUCGUCUUUCUAAGUUAUCUAACAGAAAUCAAAUGGCAUUACAUGGCAGUGUGUUUGGGACCAUAUCUUCGAGAAGGCAAAUAUGACACCUAUACCUCACAUCUGGAAAGCCAUUUAUUACUGUUAGGAGACGACAGAUCUUGAUGGAGAGCUGUUGACAUCGUUUUUGUGUUUGAGUACUAUAAAAUCUCAUGGAACAAAUAGCUUCCAUUUUGUUUUAACGCUUUUACUGUCCAGAUUUUUUAUUCUGUGCCAUCUCUUCAAUGUGUUUGCUGGCUGAAGUCUAGGAUUUGUUAUGGAGUAGCACCACAUUCUUAAAAUGAAGAACUUGAAAUUAUCUGUGAGUUCUUUAAGACCCUCACUUGCUUUCAUCCUUGCUUUCACAAUCUGCUGUUAAAUCCUCUUUGCCUGUGUCCUAGUCUGUUGAUCUGGAAUAAAUUUUACUUAGGGCAUGCCCUUUAUGUUAGGUGUAAAUUGCCAGUAAAAUUGUAUCCAGUAGGGGGUUUAGACCACAUGAGAAUGUGCUCCAUGGAGCAUGGGGCUAGUUUGAGUCUGAAGCCUUCAACAAGGUCUACAAGGGAGAAGGGGCACAAAUGUGUAAACAACACUUAAAUCCAUGCAGAUUCAUGACGUUCCAGACAUGUUGGUUUAGAAAGUCACCAAGGAAUGGAACCUUAAAGAUAUGCAAUAGAAUUAGUAGCAAAAGUGAAUAUUUUUUCCAUGUGUAAGUGGUUUCUUCUAGUUUCUCACUUGUCAUUUGUAAUUUCCCUCUUCCUUUAAUCUUUUACUUAUACUGUGGUAGAAAACUUUUACUGAUACGGGUUUUGUGUGUUUCUGAACUUUUUACUCUGCUAUUAUUUAGUAUUCUAUAAUUAGGAUCAUGUUAUAUCACUGUUGUUUCUCCCUCGUACUGAAUGUGUAUUAACUAUUCUUUUAAUUGGAAUUGCUAAUAUCUAGUUCAUCAUUGCACUACUAGCGUUGGGUCAUGCCCAGUUCCUAACUUGCCUUUGAGUUUUCAUCCUCUUUUCAAGCUGGAUCAUAAGGAGUCAGAUUGCUGAGAUGUGACAGAGUUUUUGAUCUGCAGGAUUCCCAAUACUGUCGAUAAUGUGUGAAACAAUCACUAAGUUUCUGAUACCAGUUUGGGAUCAAGAACAACUCUGCCUGUUUCGUAUGGAACCGCUAAGAGCCAUGACAGAAUCCAUGAGUGUAUUUUCUAUGGUUUCUCUUCAGAGUAUAACCAUAUCUUAAGAGUUCAAGGAGAGUCCUAACUCUCCUAUGGGAAUAGGAAGGAUAGCUCACAUUCUUGAAAAUCUAAAUAUGUCACAAGCCAACACAUAAUUAAAACUUUUUUGUCAUUCUGCCAGUUGAAGACAUCUCUGUGCAGUGCAAGGCCAGCCAGUCCCCCAUGCGGUGCCAGUAGCCAUGCUCCUCCCGUCCAGUGGUUCAGCGUUUGCUGUGUGAACUUUGCAUUACAAGCACUCAAAAGCUGACGAGAGCAUGAACAGCUGGAUGGUAGGAUUUUUUCUUGCUACUUUCCCAAUUUUUACACCCAAAGUUUUAGUUUUUUCUUCCUUUUUUUUUUUUUUUGUCUGUUUUUAAGUAAUAAUGCAAUACUUUCCUUAGAAACAAAUAAGCAUCUAUAUUACAAAGAGAGUCAUAAAAAAAUAUCUGUGACAUGGUAAACUUCAUCAGACUUCCUAAGAAACAGUCUGGAAGAUGUCCUAAGCCUGUUAUCAAGUUUUCCCAAAUCUUUUGACAAGACUUCCUUAAUUGUUUUUUGUUUUAUUUUAUUUUAUUAUUAUUUAAUAUUUUUCAGUGCAGAUGUUCUGCUUUUGUACAUCAUACCAAAAUGAAACUUUUCCUUCUGGAGGGUUUUGUGCACCUUUUCGCUUUUAGAGCACCUGAAUUAACAGUUAUAAGAGACAGAAGUGCCACACGAGAAGAACUUUGGACUGUCUCAGUCUGUCAAAGUGUAAAUCCGUAAUCUGUGAAAAACCUGCCUACCUGUCCCAUUUCAGUUCCAGAGCUCUUUCCCUUCCAGUUGCCUGGACUUUCUCCAGAGCCCUAAUGGUGUUUAAAAAUACUGCGGAACCAUACAGGUAGUGCUUUAGGUUUGAGAUUGGUACAGACUUUACCUAUUAGCACUUCAGCUAUCUGGUGUAAUCAUCUUUUCAAAGCUUGUUUUCUUAUUUGUGCAGCACUUCACAGGUUUUGGAAAAAAAACAAAACAAAACAAAAAACCACAACACUCUUUAUUGACAAAGAAUGUUUUCAGUCUCCUUUAUUAUCAAUAAAUCACACCCUUUGGUCCACUACCACUGACAGUGGGGACUUACGGUGAGCAGUGACCGAUGAAUGAAGGGACAGAUGGUUUCCUGCUUUAUGAUAGUGCUGCUACUAGGUUGACACAGGGAGGUUAACAGUCCCUGCUUUUUUAAAAAAUUAUUAUUAUUAAUUCCCCAGCUGUGAAAAAUGUAAAAUGUACAGAAAUUCGAUAUAUAUAUACUUGGCAAAGAAUAGCUCUGUUUUUUGUUUGUAGUUAUCCCAGGUCAAAGGAACUAAUCUGCUGCUCUGCCCCAUUGUUUGGUUGAAGUAUUGUCGAGGAUUGUUUGAAGUCAUGCACUGCUAACCAAAAUAGGCUGUGGCUUGGGCUAAUUUGUAGCCACUUUUCUUUUAAGUACAGUAGCUGAAAUUCAGCAAUCCUUAUUCUUCCACCAGCUAAUGACUGGUGCUUUGUCCAGGUUGUAGUGAAGUCCUCUGAGUGAGUCACUUGAGGAUUAUUUUAACCUGGCAAAUUAAAUUGGCGCUGCAAAAGGGAAACUGAAGCUACUUCUAGAAGAAUUAAUAGCAACACACUGAAGUAGCAAUGACGUGAUAUAUGUUAAGGUAUUCUCUACCACAGAGCAGCAAAAUUUUCCUCUUGUUUUCCAGUUUAAAUGAUCUCACCCCAGGAGAAGGCUGCAGAGGUGUACUCCAACCAUCUAUAAUUUCAGAUACAAAUAGCUGCCCUCAGUAACUGACAAUACAGCGUCUGCCAAUGGCAUCUGCACCAUAGCAUUUCUUCAGAUCUGAUGGAAUUAUUUUGGCCAUUCUUUGACAAGAUAGUCAAAGCUUCCAUCAGCUGUUUGUCUGAAUUUUGCAUAUGAAUAGCAUGGUGUUUUUUUUUCCUGUUUAGUCAGGCAGUGCUCACUCACAGUUGCACCUUCUUGCAGGCACUUCCUUGGACUUGGGAAUAAGAGGGGGCAGUCAAGAGUUCUAACACAAAUGCGUUCGGUUUCCUGGCGGGGAGUUUACCUUGUGUUCCCAUUUCCUGUGGCAGUCUAAAUGCCCUUUUCAACUUGUUUUGCAAAUAGAGAGCUAUACAGUACAUUGAUAUCAUGUACAAUGCUUUGCCUCCGGAACUGGAGGUCACGCUCACACGUGCAUUUCGUUUUAAGUGCUAGAAAUCUCAGAUUAUUUAUUAAUAAAAUAUUUUAGCAAGCUAACAGGAAGGCAGCAGCACACACACAGUGUUUUACUGCUGCAAAUAAAGGUGCAUUUUUUUUUAAUUCAUUCUUUGUAACUUCUCUCCUUUCCCAUACAGUUACUUUCUGUUCUUAAAGCACUCUUUAGGCUUCAAAAAUUCAGGCUUGUGCUCAACUUCAGUUUACAUUUUAGCACUGGGACUUUUGAUUUUUUUCUGUUUGAUCUCAACAGAACAAUUUAUUUUUAGAUUUGUUACUGCACUCGUAUUAUGCAGUACAUAAGUAAGAAAUGGGAGGAGUUAUUCUGGUUUCUUUCGUACAGAGGAGGCCACUAAUGUUUUCCUCACUUUCUCUUUUGGUCUAAUGUGUGCGCGCGCUUAAAAAACUUCAGUUUAUGCAUCCCUGCCAAGGUGAGGGAGUGCUAAAGGAGUUUGGUGCAUUUGAAAUGCAAGCUGUCUUCUCAUUUCUGUCAUAAAUCUACUUUCUAAAUCAAAACCAGUAUGGGCUAAAACGGUGUGGAGAAAUGCUGCUAAAAUUGUUGCUGCAUCAUGUCAGCGUAGACUUGGAAGAACAGCGAGGGCAAUGGAGCUUCCAAGUCUGGCCCGUUCUGGCUGCGUUUGAACCUCUGGUUUUUGACAGCGGUAAAUUGCUGCCCUCAUUUUUUUCAUCAUCUCUUUUUGCUUUAUUUCCUCCCCAGCCCCAUUCCACCCCUUGCUGGUAGGGGAGAGGUGUGGAUGGACAAGCAAAUUAUUUUUUGGUGUAAAAUCUCUUUUAAAUUUGGAUAAGAGGAAAGGAAAUCUAUGAAGUAGCUAUAAUUUUGCUUGAGGGUUUUGCUUUGUCUUUAAAUGUCUCUGUUUUCAUUUUGUGCUUAAAAGCCUGAGUUUCAUACAGUAAUUCUGUAGGUGUUACCACUUCCUCAGGAACCUGUGACUCAGGCAAUGUAUAAAUGAAAUGACAUCACCGGCACCUUUUGUUUGAAUUGCCUGUUUCCUAAAUAGGGACUGUUGUUGUUUUUUUUUUUCUUUUAAUACUUGCAUAAUUGUUUUUUGUUUUGUUUUGUCUGGGGGGAGGGUGAGGGUGAAACGAGGAGGUUUAGUUAUGGAAGGCAGCCCUGCUAUUACAACCAACCACCCUGGGUGUUUUAUCCUUUCGAAUCAUUGAAAUUACCAGUGCUGAAGUUUACGUGAAAGAUCGGCAUUUCUGCGCAAGGUAUUUGUGAAUGAAAUCACUGCAAUUAGGCGUUAGGGGAGUUCUGUUGGUAUAAAGCAUUCUUAAUUCACGGCUGAUAUGUUGAAAAAGGAAGAGGGGGGGAAACAGAAAAGGCCUGAGCAGGAUUUUCCAUUAGUAUUCUGGAAGUAGUGCAAACAAAAGAAAUGUUUUAUACUAGUGGCUAACCCGCAGUUCUAAGUGGCUCUCCCUUGCUGCUCUCAGUAGCUUGUAUUUAUACCACAGGAGAUUCUUGGUAGAUUUCAGUGUUUACGUCCCUGUAACUGACAUUUUUCAAUGAUAUCAUCACGUAUAUAUAUAAGUAAAAUAGGAGGACCUGGAGUAAGGUUUGCUUCUUAGCAGAGUGUCUGCAGACAGGCAGCAGCGCCGCUUGCAGCAGGCCCCGGGGGACCCUCAGCAGCUGCAUUUCUUCCUCGGACGCAGCUCCCCUGAUGUCACUGCAGGAGCUGGCUGCUAACCGUGAGGAGUCAUGUCAGGAAUUGUUGUCAUCGGAGGAAUGCGAGGAGUUGGAUGGCUGUCUAGGUCAUUUAUUCCUAGUGUUAUGGGACAGGCUAUAAAAGAGUUGCAUUUAUUUAUUAUUGUCACGCACAAAAGAUCACUGUUCUUUUGUUUAAAUAGUAACAGCUUUGGGACUUCGUAGGCACCAGUACAAGAGGCUGCAGAGUACAGCAGAGUCAUUUUGGCUCUGCUUCGGUUGUAUCGGUUCUCACUGAGUAGACAAUGCCAUUGUGGCUGCACUUUGAAAGAAAAUGCAGAGAAAGCCCAUGUGUUCAGGGAGGUGGUGUUAGUGGCUACUGUAGGUGAUGGUCUUUCUUCUGAUUAUCUCAGUCCAUCUCAAACUUUGGCACUGUUAAGAACUGCAUCACUAAAGUUAUUUUUUUAAAUAAGAUGCUAAACCAAAGUCCUAAAAAAAAGCCCACAGGUUAUAUAUGUCUUGUUAGGGUUUUGUUUUUAAUAAUAUAGAUGGCUUGGUGAUUUUUUUUUUAAUUACUAUUUCAUCCUCUCUUCCUGAAGUUACUGUUCAAUUUCCUUUGGAUCCUUCAUUUUCUAAAUCACCCUUGAGCAAGGUCCUGCAUGCUGUUAUUGAAAAUCUCCUACUCAAGUUCCACCCAGUAGCUAUUAGUGCAAUAGUUAUGUAUUAUUAUUGGUACUAAGUCAGAAUGCUUUGAGAUGAUAGAUGGUAUAAAUGUAACAACAUUACAAUUAUUUGGUCACUCAGACAUAACGUAAAAACAGUUUUUCUCCACUUUAAUUCAAAUGUUUGCUGUUGUAUGUCUCUUGCAUGCUGAACUAGACAGUAUAUGUGAUUUUAUCUAGUGUAGUACUAGGAGUGAGUGAGCUGUGCGUGUUCUGCCCCAUGAACCCUGCUGGGCAGCAGCUAAUGUAUGGAACAUGGCUGGAUUGCAUGAUUUUGAGAGACUAGUGCUCUCAAAAACCAGAGGAGUAAGGCAUUUCACCCCCUUGCUACCUGUAUUUUGUUGAAUAGGAAUUUGUCAGUGUUCAGCAGUGAAACAUUUCAAACCAAACCUGGCUUCUUUGUAGCUGCUUGCUCAGAUUUGCAAGGGAGGAGGGAGCAAGUCACAGCCUUUCUCUGUUGCUGGAGAUAUUAAAGUUUCAUUUCCAACAAUAGUAUCCAUUACUUGAUUUAGCUUCCUGCUGUUGGUAUUUGGAAAUGUCAUUAAGAGAUUCUGAUGGACAAUGUCAAGAUACACAAUGCUUAAAAAUCAGCUAGGAACAGAUCAACCUACCUGUUGAUCUGAGUGCAUGAAAAAGAACGUGAUUUAGAAGUCAGUGGUAUAGAUUAUAUACUUGAGCAUCAGCAGGAGGCUGUCUUUUUUGUCUAUAAGGGCAGGCAGUGGUAUGUUGUUUCAGAAUAUGACCAAAUUACUGUUUUUAAAUUAUUCUGUUGCUAUAAUAGUGAUUGUGGCUUCAUAAAUUUUUGAAGCCAAAAUGUUACGUUCCAGCUUUCACAGUAUGAAGCGAGUUGUAAAAGCACUUCUUUAUUUAAAGAAACUUUGUCCUCUCCAUAAUUGUCAUAAACAUGGAAAGAAGGAUUGAGACAGGAGACGGGCUGUACCACAGGCCUCCCGUGAAGUCACAGUAAGUCACGUCAUCUUUGCCUGCCAUCCAUUGUCUGAGCUUGUUUAUUGGUAGGGUCUCUUUUGUUGGGUCAACACCUACUACAGCAAGACCAGUCUUGAUCGAGUCAGCUAGGCAGUAGAAGAGCAGAAAUGUACAUACAGGUAUAUCGCAUCUCUAACAUUGUCAAAUAAUGCCUUUUAAUUUAAGCACCAGGGUCAAGGAGUUAGUGAAAGUCAUUUGUCUUAAUUUUUGGAUGCCCGAUUUUGGAUGCUCUAAGCCCGACUUUCAAUGUUGUCUUAAACUGGGUUUCGGAGUUCUGAAAGGAGUCUGAUUUCAAAUGUAAAGACAAUCAUACAUUAAGCAUGUAUUUUAAAUUUUUUAUGUGUGUAAAGGAGGAUUAAUAAAUAAAUCUGUUGUUAACUUU